GGGCAGUGUUGCAAAACGUGCGCCUGACAAGAAACAGAAGAAAAUAGCAAAUAGCAGAAGACAAGAGUCAAAAAGACAGGUGUAUAUUAUAUAUAUAGUGUCCCGAUCCUGCUGCCCCCGAUCCUUGACCGUAGCAAAUUGUUUCGCCCGCGACUGUUAAGUGAAGUUGAACCAAUGUGAGCAGUGGCGUCGCCAGACGCGCAGCAGCAGCAGCAGGAGGAGCCCUAGAACCCAUUGCAGUUGCACCCCCGCAAACAACAAAAUUCUGGGCCAUGGGCACCAAGGAGUCCAAGCACUCCAAUAGCAUCAGCUACGAGGAUUCGGUGAAGCGCGUAAGCGAUGUGGAGCUUCGGCGCCUCAGAGAUGCCUUCAAAAAAUCGGCGGGCGUGGGCAGGAACUUCCUCAGCAAGAACGCCUUCCAGCAGGAUGUGCUUUGCGAGGGAGUGCCGCCGAAGAUCACGGACAUGUUAUAUACGGCAUGUGGUGGCACCCAGCGCGGCAUCUCCUUCAAUGACCUGCUCUGCGGCCUGGUCCUCAUCACACGGGGCACCCAGGGGGAGAAAACCAAAUUCCUGUGGAACCUCUACUGCAACGAUGCCGGCACCUUCAUCAUCAAGUCGGACUAUGUGCGCAACGUCAAUCUGCCUCCCUUCGAGAGCGUCUCCCUGUUUGCUCAGAGCGAACGCGUCAAUUUCGAGCAGUUCCAGGACUGGAUCAUAAAGCAUCGCAAUGCCACGGUCCUCUCCAAGUGGCUGCUCUCCGACAACUGUGUCAGUCUCACCUCGGAGCUGGAGACGCCCACGUUCUACCAGAGCCUCGCUGGAGUGACGCACCUGGAGGAGAAGGACAUUGGUGAUCUGGAGAAGGAGUUUUGGCGCUUGAAGAACACUUCGCAAAACGGGCAAAUCGAUCUGCAGUUCCUGGGCCCCCUGAUCAGUCCACCCAUACCAAAGAAUGCGCUAGCAGGACUCUUCAACGCCUUCGAUGAGAACCGCGAUGGACACAUCGACUUCAAGGAGCUGUGCUGUGGCGUGAGUGCCGCCUGCCGAGGACCGGGUGUGGAAAGAACACGAUUUUGCUUUAAAAUCUUCGAUGUGGAUAGAGAUGGAGUUCUUAGUCACGAGGAGACGCUUCAGAUGAUCGAUGUUCUGCUGUUGGUGGCCAAGGAGAACCGUGAGGCGCAGCAGUACAAGGAUCUGACCAAACAGCUGGUGAUAAGUGACCUACUGGAGUUUGGCCAGCGCAGAAGUCCGGAUGGGACGCCCAGCAGACUAACCCGGGAUAAUGUCUCGCUCACCGCCGAGGACUUUAUGCUGUGGAACGUUCAGUGCGACCUGAGACUCAUGCAGCCCUUGUUGGACCUCAUCUUUGAGCUCUGCCACAUCGUCUUUGGCCUGUGGCCGCAGUGCAAGCAUAUGGAGAACGAUAUUGUUCGCGGAUGGCUGCGGCGCGAGGAACGCAGGCCGUACCGCGUGGGUCAAUUCUGGUACUUAAUAUCGCGCGACUGGUGGCUCGGUUGGAUGCAGUACACCCAGCAUACGGCCCACACCUGCGACUAUUGCAAGCGCACUGCCAGCCAGCGCACCGCUGUGGAUGAGGCGCUUGUCUGCGAUGAGAGCUUCAACACCCACAGCCUGGAACAGCACGACAGCUACUCAUUGGGCUCUGGGACGGGAUCGGCAUCCGGUUCGGGGUCGGCCAGCAGUGGUUUCUCAGCUGGACGACACUGUGGUCCAGUCCGACCGGGACCCAUCGACAACAGCAAUCUGAUCACAGCCAAUCCGUUUCGAAAUGUACGCACCCUGACCGGCGAGGGCGGUCACCUUAAGCGGGACACGCCCCUGGUGCAGAACCACGACUUCGAACUGGUUCCCAAGUCCUUGUGGAAGGCCCUAAAUCGGUGGUAUGGCGACAAUCUGCCACUGCCACGACAGGUCAUUCAACCGCCCAACUCGGACGUGGAACUGGAGCUGUACCCGCUGAACCUGCGCAUCCUGCUCCACCAGGCGCAGUCAUCACAAACAGGCUCUGGCGGUGGCGCUCAACUCGGGAGCUGGGGCUCCACGGUGAGCGGUGGCUAUGGGGUCCUGGCCUCUGGAGGCGGCUAUGCGGCCAUUGCGGCAAGCAGUGUGCUCCAACCGCCGAAACGAUACCUCGCCUAUACGGCUGCCUUCAGCCGAUUGGCCACAGUACGCCAGGUGUGCGAGUUCCUGUGCGACCAACUACGUCUCAAAUCGGAGGACAUCCGGCUGUGGCAUGUGCCGCAGCUGGACAACGGUGCCAUAUUGCUGGAAGAGGAUGCCAUGUGUCUGAAAGAGCUGCUCAUCCGGGACAACGAUCAGCUGCUGCUGGAAAUUCGCAACAAAGAUUUGACAUGGCCGGAGGAACUCGGCUCCCUGGCCAGCGCUCAGAGUGGCCAAGGAGUGGGAACCCCAGGCGACCGGCGUCGCCUCACCCGCAGCUCAAUUAUGUCGGUACACGCGCCGGGAGCCACUGGGCUGCACAACUUGGGGAACACCUGCUUCAUGAACGCUGCCCUUCAGGUGCUGUUUAAUACGCAACCGCUGGCCCAGUAUUUCCAGCGGGAGAUGCAUCGCUUCGAGGUGAAUGCGGCUAACAAACUGGGCACACGGGGCCAACUGGCCAUGCGCUAUGCGGAGCUGCUCAAGGAGGUUUGGACGGCCACGACGCGCUCCGUGGCACCGCUCAAGCUGCGCUUCUGCGUCAACAAGCAUGCUCCGCAGUUCGCCGGCGGAGGUCAGCACGAUUCACAGGAACUGCUCGAGUGGCUGCUGGACGCACUGCAUGAGGAUCUCAACCGUGUGAUGGAGAAGCCGUACAGUGAGCUGAAGGACUCUAAUGGUCGUCCCGACAAGAUAGUGGCCGCUGAGGCCUGGUCACAACACCACGCCCGCAACCAGUCGAUCAUCAUCGAUCUGUUCUACGGCCAGCUAAAGUCAAAGGUCAGCUGUCUUGGUUGCGGACACGAAUCCGUGCGCUUUGAUCCCUUUAGCCUACUCAGCCUGCCGCUUCCGGUGGAGAACUACGUUUACUUGGAGGUCUUGGUAAUCCUGUUAGACGGCAGCGUGCCGAUCAAAUAUGGGUUUCGUCUAAACUCUGAAUGCAAAUACUCGCAUCUGAAGCACAAGCUGGCCACCCUGUGCUCCCUGCAGCCGAAUCUGAUGCUCGUCUGCGAGCUGUGGAACUCACAAAUACGUCAAGUGCUGGCCGACGAGGAGAAGCUGCGCACGCAGAGCGCCAAGGAGCUGUAUGUCUAUCAGCUACCCGAGCAGAGUGUGAGGACUCGUUCCAAUUCAGUGCUCAGCAUGCACAUUGAGCAGGGUCUCAAGGACAUUCAGCGCAGUUCCGCUCUCAUUACGAGCGCCCAGGACUCGCUGUCCUCGCUGAGCACUCUGCAGACCUCCAGCCACCGCGCAUCCUCUCGAGUUCUGUGCAAUGGUCAUGUGUCUGGCCUGGAGGUCGAAGUGGAGGCGGAGGUGGAGGUCGAGGCGGAUGCUUCUCACUACAACAACAGAAGCAGCAAUAACUACAAUCCCAUCGUUAGCACGUUCAGUGGAAACGGUAGCGGGGACAACCAAGUGCACGAACUGCUGCCAGAUGAGGCCGGAAAGGUAAGCCGGUGCUUUGGAAAGCGAGAGUGCAUGCCACACAGCCUAUUUUGCUUCAAGGAGUCGCUCAUCCUGAGCUCCAGCCCGGAGAACACCUUCAUGCAUGGCACUGCCGCCCAGCAGAAGCGUGUGUCCUCCGCCAAGUUGCUGCACACGGAAAGCAACACCAGCUCCAUGUCGUACACCAAUCACUCGGGCGAGAACUCCAUGGAGAGCUCGCUGACGGAACCCAUUCCCAUGGCGGAGCUGGCGCCGGUGAGUAGCCGCCAUGGCAGCAACAGCGAUGACUGCUCCUUCCGGAUGUCGCCCAACGAUUCCAGUGGCCUGAGCACGGGCAACACGCUGGGCGCCAGCCUGGAUGUGGACGAGCAGGCGGAGGAGGGCAACGAGGAGGAGGAACCGGAUCAACCGGAUCAGAUCACCACUUCGCAGCCGGAGACCAGCAGCGGCGUCUACUCACGUCGCUCCUCACAACCACCGCACAAGGCGGGCAAAUAUCUGGUGGCAGUACAUCGAAAGAUCACCCGACACGACAGCUACUUCCUUUCCUACCACAAGACGCGACCAAGUCUGUUCGGUGUUCCACUGCUCAUCCCUAAUAGUGAGGGCGGAACCCACAAGGAUCUUUACUGCGCCGUGUGGCUCCAGGUCAGCAGACUCCUCAGCCCUCUGCCGGCCACUACGGAGCAGGCCAAUCAUGCCGCUGAUUGUGAUGACAGCCUGGGAUACGAUUUUCCCUUCACGUUGCGCGCCGUCAAGGCGGAUGGUCUCACCUGCGCCAUCUGUCCCUGGUCGAGCUUCUGUCGCGGAUGCGAGAUCCGCUGCAACAAUGACUUUGUACUCCAGGGAGCCCUGCCGCCCAUCAAUGCAGUGGCCAGCAAUACAUCAACGCCAAAAAUGAACGCUAAAUUCCCAUCGCUACCAAAUCUGGAGGCCAAACGGACGCCGGAGUACACCGCCUCGUUGUCGUACACACCGACAACCAAAUAUUUUGAAGACUUUACCAUUGCCAUCGACUGGGAUCCGACUGCCCUGCAUUUGCGCUAUCAAAGCACCCUGGAGCGUCUUUGGGUGGAUCACGAGACCAUUGCCAUAAGUCGGCGGGAGCAAGUGGAGCCCGUAGACCUGAAUCAUUGCCUGCGCGCCUUCACCUCCGAGGAGAAGCUGGAGCAGUGGUAUCACUGCAGCCAUUGCAAGGGCAAGAAACCCGCCACCAAGAAGCUGCAGAUCUGGAAGCUGCCUCCGAUAUUGAUUGUCCACUUGAAGCGGUUCAACUGCGUCAACGGCAAGUGGGUCAAGUCACAGAAAGUGGUGCACUUCCCCUUCGAUGACUUCGAUCCAACACCAUAUCUGGCCUCAGUGCCUCAGGAGACGAUACUGCGGCACAAGGAGCUGCUGGAACUGAAGAAGGAUGCUGAUAUGCCGCUGGCAAGCAACGACGUUGUUAGCGAGCUGGACGAGAUUGAUGCCCCCAUCAAGCAGGAUAAGGAGGAUCUUCCAACAAAAGCUGCAACAGCCACACCAGCGCCCACCGGGAAUAUCCUUCGCCAGAGCAAGACCAUCAAUGCUGCCCGACGACAACGCCUCAUCUCGACGAGUCUCACCAAAACGCCCAUCGUAGAUGGCGAGUUCGAGGAUUAUCACCAGCACCGACUCAAACCGGAGGUGGAUGAGUUCGAUCCCAAGUACCGACUCUAUGCCGUUGUGUCUCACUCGGGCAUGCUGAAUGGGGGUCACUACAUUUCCUAUGCAUCGAAUGCAACUGGUUCCUGGUAUUGCUACAACGACAGCUCCUGCCGCGAAAUAUCCCAGAAGCCGGUCAUCGAUCCGAGCGCCGCAUAUCUGCUCUUCUACGAACGGAAGGGUCUGGACUACGAACCGUAUCUCCCAAACAUCGAGGGACGGGCCCUGCCCAAUGCCUCAAAUGUGCCCCUCGAGGUGGACGAGACCGAGGGAGAGCUGAAGAAGCUGUGCUCAAUUUCCUAACUGAUGUCCGUGGGCAUCAUGGCUAUGAAGAUUAUAUUCCCCAAUUCUUCCCCGUUCUGUUCUAGCGAGUUUGUGUUUUGUUUCCCAACGCGUAUGUUUUGUUAUUUACUAUUCUAAGCUCUUUUUGAUUUUCUGCAAUAGUUGUUUAGCCCCUAAUUAGUUUUAAGCCUACCUUCCCUCUUCUUUGCCGAGUUUGGUUUAAUGCCUGUAAUAUACAAUAUUCAAGUUUAGCUUGUAAAUAAUACGUUAAAUUGGUUGGCCAACGUGGAGUUUUGUUUGUUACGUCGAACAAAUCCAUUCUCAAUAUUUUCUUGUUGUUUUUUCUUGUUUUUGUUGUAUAUAAUUUUAAAAUUGUAAUUGUAUUAGGCCCACAGAGCCAGCUUAUUAUUAUUUAUGCCAGACCAUGUCGGGAAAUUCCAUUUAAUUUGUAACUAUUACUGUGUAAAUAACAAGCGAAAGUGAAACCCGAA